GUGGCAGCUCCCAACCUGAGAAGGCCGAGCACUAGGCGUAUGGAAGAGGACUCCCCUAAAACGAAGGAGAAGGAGGAGGGGGAGGUGAAGUACCGAGGUGUUCGACGUCGGCCAUGGGGGAAGUACGCGGCCGAGAUCCGGGACUCGACACGGCAUGGCGUUCGAGUCUGGCUUGGCACGUUCAACACCGCCGAGGAGGCGGCACGGGCCUACGAUCAGGCGGCCUAUGCGAUGAGGGGACCGCUCGCCGUGCUCAACUUCCCCGAGGAGAUUCGUUCUUCCGGUACUGGUUCUUCGUCUUCGCCGGGGGGGAGGGGGAGUUCUGUGAGCGAGCCAGGGAAGCAAGUGAUUGAGCUGGAGUGUUUGGAUGACAAGCUGUUGGAGGAGCUCCUUGAGUCUGAGGAGAAGGGUGGGAAGAAGAAAUGACCGAUGAUUCAAUGAGUCUACCUUGUGGUAUAUUUGGCAGAUCAAGAUUUAGUUUUCUGAGAGCUUUUGCUUUCAGUUGCUUGAGGUUAAUUUGUUUUUGCACUUGGCAAGGUUUUUUUUUCAGCCAAAGUAAUGUUUUUUUCGAUAAUUAUGGUUUCUCGUAUUCAUCAUGACCAUGGUGAGGUAAAUUUUUAGUAGAAUAUAGGAGUUAUUUAUCAGGAUGGGUCAGAAACCUUGGUUGUGAUUUGUUGAAUAGGUAGGUUUUUAACACAUCCUUGUAAAUAGCUACUAUAUAUGUUCUACUUUAAACAAAAGGAAGAAGAUGAGUGCAUGUAUGCAUGACCAACAUGAAUAGGAGAGAGAGAAUGUGAUCACUUUGUUGAAAAUGUGAUGCCAGGGGAACUUUUUCAUAUAUUGCUUUUGAACUUUUGGUGUGAUCACCUUGUUCUUGUUAUGUUCU